GCUGAAUUAGAGGCGCUUCUUGAAUAAGGUUGUGCUGAAGCAAAGUAAACGAUCUUCGGGAUUCAACGUAUUGUUUUGUAAUGAUAUUAGAUCCUGAAGGGGAGCGAGACACCAGUAAGAGACAAGUCAGGGAGGGGGGCAGAGGUGUGGAGGGGACACUGAAUCAGAAUUCUGCAGCGAUGGAGAUUUCUGACUCGGCCAGGGACUGUGAGGAGAGGCCCAGUUCUAGCCCAAUGGAGACAGAGGAGAGGUCCUUCAUAGCAGGUUUGCACUGUUUCAUGAAGGACCGUGGCACACCCAUCGAGAGGAUACCACACCUGGGCUUUAAGCAAAUUAACCUGUGGAAAAUCUACAAAGCUGUUGAGAAGCUUAACGGUUACGACUCUGUGACAUCGCGGCGGCUGUGGAAGAAUGUGUAUGAUGAGCUGGGCGGCAGCCCAGGCAGCACCAGCGCUGCUACCUGCACCCGCAGACACUAUGAGAGGCUUGUUUUACCCUUUGAGAGACAGUUGAGGGGGGAGGAGGACAAACCUCUGCCUCCAAGCAAACCGCGCAAACAGUAUAAGAGGAGUCCAGACGGCAAGGGGAGCAAGUCUGAGGGCAAGAGGAAGAGGCCCCAUCUGGAAAAGGAGACAGAUUCUGAGGGCCAGGUACAUUCUACUCCAUUGUCUCCAUGGACUACUCCAUCUGAAAGCCUCCACCCAGACCAUCCUCCACCAAUCAGUGAGACUACCGUGUGUGACGACCUCUCUUCCUCAGCAUGCACCCUAUCCCGCCCAGCCCAGGGCCCUACCUCAUGCCCCUGGAGAGGAAGUCAGCUCCAGUCUGCUGCUGCAGAUAUCAUCUCUCCUCUGGAGAAGAAGAAGCGUAUGGCCCAGGCCAGCCUGAGCGAGUCCCAGGACUCCCAGAGCGCCAGACAGGGGGACUGUAAGGGCAGGCCCUCUGUGAUCCACUGCUCCCAGUCCCCAGGGCUGCUCCUUCCCAGCCGGACACGCACUUCCUCUGAGGGCUCUCCUCUCCCUCCGUCCUCCUCCUCCUCCCGUAGCCCGUCCCCCUACUCCAUCUCUUCUGAGGACUGUCCAGCACUAACUGAAGACAGGCCCCCAGUACCAAAACCAGAAGUACCCCUUAAUUUUUCCAGCAACCCUAUAUCUGCCCACAGUGGGGUCCACAAGCCUCAGACCUGCAGCCCCGAUGUCAAGGAAUAUGUUGGCUUCCCUGGAGGACAAAGAGAUUUCCCUCAGGUCAGCCCCCUACCAGUUGAAACUGUCUCUAUCAAAGGUCGAAGUAAAAACUCUGUAUGGAGCCCUGUCUGCAAUGGGAGUAACAGACAUCCAACUCAUCAAAUACCCCCACCAACGUCUUGCACAUAUACUGUUAGGUCUUGCUUGGUUCCAUCCACCUCCAGUUUCACCAAGGUUUAUCCCAAGUCUAUGGAGUCUUUGCGGCCUAUACCCUUUCAGCCAGGUUACACAUUCCAUCAGAACCCAAAUAGGCCCAUGUUGCAUGAUGACCGUCUGAUUUAUAAGAAGAAACUACAGAUGGUCCCUCGACAUUAUCAGACGGAGAAAAAGGAGAAGUCCAGGACAAUGUUGCCCAAGCCACUUCCAACUCAACAGCCUGUGUUCCACCCUAAUGCCAGCAUCCCAGUGUCCUACCUCAUCCCAGCCUAUGACAGGACAAGGGGAGACUCUGGGCAGAAGCCACCUGUACACCCUCUCUUUAUACCUACCCACGUCAGACUGUCCCAGUCCCAGACCAGCCCUAUGUACCGCCAUGUCCCAACGGGACACACCCAUACUUCCUCUUAUGAGCCUGCUCUCUACUCCUAUCCCUUUCACAUUCCUAUAUGUAAUCCCCAUACUGGAUACAGCAUCACUGGUGUGCAUUAUCCUCACACCAGGCUUUGAUAGCCCAGCCUCACUCUCAGACUCAAGGCCUAAUGACAAUGUGACAAGUCAAACAGAGAUAAUGACAGUACCUGCUUCGUUCUAGACAUUUUCAAAACUUGCCUCGAACACCGCUGCAUUCUAUGUGAGUGAUCAACAGAAAAACAUUGUUGUGAUUGUUAUGCUGAGAUGUGCUCCCCUCCUUGGCAACUGACAGAAUUGCACUGAUAAAAAGGACUAUACUUUCUGUAUUUAUAACAAUAACUUUGAGGUUUACUGCUAUGCACAUGUGCUUUUAUGGUAUGAUCCAAUCAUUUUACAUUGAUAUAAUUUAUGAAACAACACAGAUUUAUUUUUCUAUUUCUGAAUAAAAUCUAAAAUAAUUCCUGUCUCAUCCUAGCCUGCAUUCUUUGGUAAGUAACCAUGGUCUUUUUUUCUGCAAUAUUUUAAUUACUUUUGAGCCAAAUCAAACUUCUAAUUAACAUGCUCCAUGAUAAAUGUUUGAGAAAUGGGACAUAGCACUUGAGCCAUGGAAAGUAAACUA